CGCAUGAAUGACUUGCAAAUUUUUUAUGUGUUAUUUACUGCUUUUUGAAGUAAUAAAACCCGAUCAUCAAGCGACCCUCUAGACAUUUCACGGCCAUUUGUUUUCAUUACUGAACUAUUAACACUUUUGAAUAUUAACUGAUAAAACAGACGUACAUAAUUACGCCAUGUUCUCUUUCAACACGAUGCAUUCUUUACCACAUUUUAUAGAAAAUGUUAUGAUCUAGGAAUUCAUGCAAAAAUAAUGAUUUUUUAAGCCUUAACUCGUAAAUAAGAAGAAAUAGCCCAAUAAAGAAAAAUGCAGUUUCACAUUGCAACCUUUAAAACGCGAGCUGUUCAUGUGUCAUAUACGGAAAUGUAAUAAUGUCUGUUUUGGUCAGUGAAAUAAUUAUUGGCAUAUUGUUUGUAUUUGCUUCUCUAAGAUUGGAUAUCAUCGUACAAUGCUUGGAUGAAUGCGACUGUCCAAUCAAACAUCCCCAGCAACACUUCUGUGAGGCUGACUUUGUGAUACUUGCAGUUUGUGACCGGAAGAAGACGAUGUUUUUGUCAGCCACUGAGAAGAAAAUAACAUAUUCCAUAACAACUGAGACCAUUCUCAAGGGAAAAGAUGCGUUAGCUAAUAUAGAGCAAGAUGAAUUAACAACUAUAUCCAAUAAUGCUGAUUGUGAGACAGCUGUUAUGUUAGAGACCGGCCAGAAAUACGUCAUUACAGGCAAAAUUGAUGGUGACAAACUUAUUCUACCUACCUGCUCUUGGAGCAUCAGUUGGAAGGAUACCAGUAUGAGACAGAAAAGAAAAUUAUCGAGGAAUACAUAUGGGGAAAACUGCAAAUGUGUGGAUUCAAUUCAAUCUGUUGACAUUGAUCCUUAUAUGAUAGAAGUAAAUGCAUUCGACUACAAAAAUGGUAGUUAUCGCACAUGUUCAAACAAUACAGCAACAUGUCCAUGGAUACUCGCAAAUGAUUCAAAUGUGACUAUAGGAAAUGCACUACAAAACUGUUAUGCAAAACAUUCAGUAUGUCGGCCCAGACAAGGAGUAUGUCGAUGGUCGGUCAACGUUGGUUGGGCAGAAUGUAUGCAGGAUGUACGUCCAUGUCUCAUCUGACAUAUAUUGAUCUGGCUAGAUGUCUAUUGGAUGAUCAUUAAAGCUAAUAAAUGUAAAAUAAUGAAAACGCAUAACAAUCAGGGUGUCUCAUAUGGUAUACCCCAAAGUAUAUCAAAUGCACAGAUAAACCAAUUUCAGACAUUUUUGCAUGGUCAUGUAGCCAAAACAUGAAAGUUUUCUCCCCAAUACACCAUUU